GAUGAGACUUUGCCCCCGCCCCUCGCCCGGUGCCGGCGCGGAAGCUCCGCGCUCGUGUCCUGCGCCGCCAUGGCUGCCCCGGGGCCGGCACGGCUCUUGCGAGCCGCCGCCGCUUCCUCCCGCCGCUGGCUCUUCUCCGCCUCGCCGGCAGCCGGGACGAGACCGGGCUGCGGCAGCGCUGCAGCUGCCGUGAGGGCAGCCCGGCUGUUCAGCCUUUCUGCCCGGGCGGCGCUCAGCUCAGAAGAUAAAAUAACUGUUCAUUUCAUAAAUCGUGAUGGUGACAAACUAACAGCCAAAGGAAAACCUGGGGAUUCAUUGCUGGAUGUCGUUGUUGAUAAUAAUCUAGACAUAGAUGGGUUUGGUGCAUGUGAAGGAACGCUGGCCUGUUCAACUUGUCAUCUAAUUUUUGAAGACCACAUAUUUGAGAAACUAGAUGCAAUUACUGAUGAGGAGAUGGACAUGCUGGACCUGGCGUAUGGCCUUACAGAAACAUCACGCUUAGGCUGCCAGAUCUGCUUGAAGAAAUCAAUGGAUGAUAUGACUGUUAGAGUACCAGAAGCUGUUGCUGAUGCUAGACAAUCAGUAGAUAUGAGUAAAAACUCCUAAAGAAAAUAUCUUAGGGGUUUUAAAGAAACUGAAUUAUUUUUAUAACUUAUUUUUAAAUGUGUAAUUAAAUAUGGAAACUUACAUAAUUGUGAGUUAUUUUAUAUGACUAUCAAUAUUAGAUUAAUGCUAUUUUAAUUUUCUUUAUAGAACCUCCUAUAUUUUUACGCUUAAAAUGCAAUAAUACUUCUUAUAAAUGAUGGUUGGAUUAUAAACAUGAGCAAGUGUACUACAGAUUUCAUAUGACAUAAUUCUGCCAAAAGCUUUCAUGAUGUUUGAAAAGUUGAUCACUUCUACAGGAGUUCUGAAAACCCCUGGGCAUUUCUAGGUUUUAGACCUAAGUUAGAGAACAAAAUUUAUAAGACUGUGUGUGGGUCUUUCUAAAGCAUUGUUAUUACAGAUAGUGUCCUCAGAGCUGAUUUGCUUUCUUAGUAAAUAUGAUACUUCCUUACCAGUGUAGGGAUUUUUCCAAACUUUGGAAUCUUAAUGAAAUGUGACAAACUUUGUCUUUCAAAAAUACUGUUAAUACCAUGAAAGCUGGGGGCUGAUACAGAAUGUUGGCAACUGCAGCUUAAUUGCUGCAGUGCAUCUCUGUUGCCCAAAGAGAAGUUAAACCUCAGUUAACUGUAUUUAUGUUUGACUACACUGCAAAUAUGGGGAUAACCAUGCCUUGGAGCUGCCUAAUGGGAGAGCAUGCCCACUGGAGGGAAUAUUAGGCUCUUGCUGUUCUCUUAAGGUAUCUGAGUUGGGGUUGAAGAGGACAAUCUUUGUCAACAUCAGACUUGUUCUGAAGUCUUCAUCUCUUUUCCAGUUUUGAGCUUGUUCAGGAGGCAACCUGACUGAGCUAGGGCAUGCAGCUGGAAGAGAAUCCCAGGUUCUGCACCUUACUCCCAGGAUCGUUUCAGUAAUGGUUGAAGUGCCAUGACACAGUAUAUAUAUUCCAUAAGGAGGCACUAGGGUUCUCAGGAGAGGUAGGGAGACCCCCAUGGUGGGGGCCAUAUGGACUGAUGAUAAAAAGCUUUCAGUUGGAUCUUGGUUUAGUCUUUCCAAAAUCAGACCAAAAUAAAAUAAUCUCUUUAAGACUAUUCUCUCAAGUUUUUGUUGCUGAAAUACUCAAAUGAAAUGGCUGUCACUAAGAAUAUCUUUGUUGCUGUAUAAAGGUUAUUUUAAUAUUUGGGGCUUAUUUUUAUGUAUAGAACCUGUUUAUUUACACUUGAAUGAUCUAAUGCAUUCAUUAAUGCCUUAUUUGAACUGGUGAUGAUGCCAUCUAGAUAUUUUUCAUGAUUAUAUUUAUGGAAAAGGAAAAAAAUAUCUUCCAAUUAAUCCAAUAUUUGGUUUAUUUUUGAGCUUCAUUUAGGAAAAAAAUCAUCCUUCUUUGUUACAAAAAGAAAUAUCUUUUAGAACUUUACUGAAAAUAGAUCUAGUUGAAAUGCCUUGUUUGCCUUUCUCAGUAACUAUUUCUUUGUUUCAUGGUGUUCUCUCUGGGCUUUCCACUAGAACAAGGUAUGCAUAAUGUGGUCUGCUCAGAUAAUUUAAUCGUACAGAGUUUUCAAAAUAAACUUCCUGCCUCAUCUAAUUCAAAAUACAACUUCAGAGUUGCAAUUUCCUGGCAAUUUGAAAGAUGCAGGCAGUUAGGAAGAAAAUGGUUGAAGAUAGCUGCUGUCUUCCUCUGAAGUCCUGUGACUAACCAUAAUUUAGAGGUUAGCCUCCCACAAUCAGGCACUAAGGUAAAUUACUUAUCACUCUGUGUUGCCUUUGUCCCAAGUUCAUUUAUAUACAGUAAUUAUUAUUCUUAUAUCUUGAACUCUCAUUUUUUUACAUUCUUAUAUUGGAAAGAAAUCAGUAUAGCUGUGGGGUCUUAGAGGUAGGUGUUGGUGUUUGUUGGGUUUCUGAAUUUUCUUGGUUUUUUUAUUUUAUGUUUGUUGUUUGGUUGUGGGGGUUUUUUGUUUUGUGGGGGGUUUUUUUUGUGUGUGUGUGUGUGUGUGUGUGUGUGUGGUUUUCUGGUUUUUUGUUUUGUUUUUUUGUUUUUUUACUUAACAGCACCAGGCACUUCUCCUCGAGGGAAUCUUGAAGUGCUUAACACUGUGUUAAACAAACGUGAAACAGUUUUCAUACAAAGUUUUUCUAAGCCAAGGUUGUCUCAUGGUGCAUGUCCUGUGACAGCUUCUUAUUACAAAGACUUUAACUCUCCUAUAGUGUGCCUGUGGAAAGAACUAUUUGGUGCACAGCAAGGCAAAAAAGGACACUUGAAAGUUCAUUUUGAAUUCUAGAGGUAUCCCAUAUUGCAUGCAAAUGUAAAUCUCAGAAGGCAGAGGAACUAACAUGUAAUCCCCAAAAUGCACAGCUCAGAGACACUUGUUUCCUUAUUGUCAAAAUUAUUUGCAAAUAAAUCUUAUUUUAUAGCACUUUCUGA